AUGCAGCUACUUAAUAACAAUGCCAUUCCACUUAUAAGGGACAAUCCUGAAAGUGAUAAUGAAGACAGACCAAAUUUGGUUGCAAAUUUUGAUGAAGAUGGACCUUUAUUCGAUAAUGAUGAUUAUAAUGUUGCUCCAUUUGCUCCGGUGCCUGAUAAUUUGAUUCUUAGACAACCAAACUCAUGUGUUGUUUGUUUGUCUGAGCCAAGUACACAUGCUUGUGCACCGUGUGGACACCGAUGUAUAUGUGAAACCUGCAGUACCGGUCCUUUGUAUAGAUGUCCACUUUAUCAAGGAGAAAUUAUUUUAAUCAUGAGGAUUUUUAACUAA